AUGGAUCACAAAAACAAGACCAGAGUCACUGAAUUUAUUCUUCUAGGGUUUCAGAAUGAGAAAGAAGUAGAAUUUUUCCUCUUUGCUGUAUCCCUGCUCAUGUACAUGACAUCUCUGAUUGGCAACACCAUGAUUAUCCUUUUGGUGUGUGUUGACUAUCGUCUGUACUCACCUAUGUAUUUCUUUGUAGCCAAUCUUUCCUUCAUUGAGGUCACCAUCACUUCCACAGUGUUGCCAAAGAUGCUAGCCAACACUUUUUCACUCACAAAAGCAAUAUCUUUUGUAGGAUGUCUCACACAAUCUGUUUUCUACUUCCUUCUGGGAUCCACAGAAUUCUUCAUCCUAGCUGUCAUGUCCUUUGACCGAUAUGUUGCUAUCUGUAACCCGCUGAGGUAUACCAUUAUCAUGAACAAACAGACAUGUGUAUUCUUGCUUCUGGGAUCUUAUGUGGGUGCAUUUUUUUCAAUGCUGGGGCUAUCUGUAUUAACUGCCCCCUUAAUAUUUUGUGGGCCAAAUAAAAUCCAUCAUUUCUUCUGUGACAGAGCCCCAGUGCUAAAGCUAGCCUGUACAGAUAUCUCUCUGGCUGAGUUGGCUGACUUCAUCUCCUCUGCUGUAUUGCUCUUGGGCUCCCUGCUCCUGACAGGGGUGUCUUACACCUACAUUGUCAUUACUAUCUUUAGAAUUCCCUCUGUCCAGGGAAGACAGAAGGCCUUCUCCACCUGUGUUUCCCACAUCACCGUGGUUACGCUUUAUUAUGGGAGCUCCAUCUUCCUCUAUGUCCGCCCCAAUAAAGGUAAUGCAGUAGACAUUAACAGAUUUGCCACAGUGCUGAACACCAUUGUGACACCAAUGCUGAACCCUUUCAUCUACAGCCUCCGGAAUGAGAAAGUCAAAGAAGCCCUGAGAGAUGCCUUUGAUAAGUGUAUAGGUAGACUAACAAAUUUAAGUUCUCAAAAAUGA